UUUGCGUCGGGUUGCUGCAUCGUAUUUUCUCGAUUAAUAAUUGUACAUUUUUGGCUGCAAAAGUUAAUUUUUAUUGUUGAUGAGCUAACUAUAGUGUCAUUAUCUAUCAGUGACAGGGAGUUUUAUAUUUUAAACGAAGUUUCUACCAGGAAUUUGUGAUUUAAAAUUCAUCCCGGCUAGGAAUUACCGACCAUUGUGUGUGUUUAUUCCCGGUCGCAACAUUAUUUGCAAAAGAGUGACAGUGUGUUAGUGCAGGAAUGGAUCAGCAACAAAAGUUGCACCGAAGGGAUUUGCAGCUACCGUUCGCAUCCAGGGAGGGAACCGCUGGAAUAACCUCGGUUGACGCUACGAUUGAAGAUACGGGAGGCCAUAGCGAAAAGCGGAAACGUCGCGUACUGGAAUGUGAUAGUGAAGAAGAUGAUUUUGCUGGUUUCGAUGAAGACGACGCCGCUGGCAGUGAGAACGGAGUGUUGAGCCCACCAAGACCUUCCAGUUCAUCGGUAAUUUCAAAAAAGGUCAAAGAAUUUGAAGCCCAUUUGUCGAAGACUGGAACGUUUCAGCCUAAAAAUUCUACGGCAGAAGAAGGCGUUGCUGUGAACGACCAGGUGGAGAUGGAAUCUCUAGUUGGUUUUGCACCAGCGGUAGUGUCCGGAGUGUUUGACAACAGUAGUAAGACGAUAGCAGCUAAUCAGGUAAAGCGAAAGGUAGCUGCUGUUGUCAAUGCGCAAGAUGAAGCAUUCCGAGUGCCAUUCAAAUAUGGUUGGAAAAGAGAAUUGGUGUAUCGAGCUAAUCUGGACGGUAAUAGUAAAGACAAGGGGGAAGUUUACUACAUUACACCAUCUGGUAAAAAACUGCGUACCCGGAAUGACAUCGUGAUGGCUUUACACGAUGGACUAACAAUGGAUAAUUUUACGUUUGUUAAGGAUCCUGUCGGUGGCUCUCCAGACGAAGAGAUUAUUAGGAGCGCCAAAACGUAUGGUUCAACUCCGAGACGUUCCAUCACUUCGGCUUCAGUGUUAGAUAUUCCAACAGAGAACAACCUCGGAAAACGCAUUCCAAAACCGAAAAUGCCCAAAGGCUCAAGUCCAACUCCACCCUCAUCGUAUGCGCGUAGUUCUAUGAGUUCAGCGCGCACGCCUCCGUCUUCGCGAUCGAACUCGCAAACGUCUCCAAAAUCAGGUGCAACGAUGACCGCCGCUCGUGGUCCUGCAUUGGUUGCAGCUGGAACAAAACCGAAUGAAAAUACUUUCGGUGCAGCUAAAUCGGUCAAAGCUAAAAGCAAAGUCGAAACAUGCACCAUCCAGUGUCUACCGGCUAUGGGAAUGAUUCCUCAGCUACAGUGCAUUUCCUGUCUCUGCAUGUACCACCCGGAAUGUGUCGGGGCAACCACGGCAGAGACUCUCGCCCGUCGUUUUACCUGUAAGAUGUGCUUAGAUGAACAAACCACUCUUUCGGAGCCUGAUAGUGCUCCUAUCAUAACAAAGUCUACCGUAAAUUACACAGCCGCAAUAAUGCCACUUACUACUCAAUCAUUAAACAACGGAAACACACAACCGGCGGUUCUAUCAACUGAAAAACGUAGGAAAUCAACACCACCGCAACAGCCUCCAAAAACUGGACCAGGAACGCCCAAAAGCAGUGGAAAAGAACCACCUCCACAGGAUUUAUUAGUAAUUGGCAACCAUCAGUUUAUAGUUGUCCCUAAAGGCAAACCAACGGUGAAAAAUAAAAAAAAAUCCAAGUUAUCCCAAUCAACGCAACCAACACAGCAUCAAUCUGUUGUAUCUGAUGAAACACGAAAAAUGCUUGGUAAUACUAAAACCACUUCUCAAAAUAGUCGAAAUUUCAUUGCCGCUGAUCUAGCCGCUAUACGAAGCGAUUCCGAUACUCUUGUGUCACGAUCAUCCUCGCUAGCUGCCGGUGCUGAACAGAAUCGCCUGUUUGCAUCCAACUUUUUCUCCAAUGUGUCGAUUGGUUACGAUGUGCUACAGCAAACUUUCCAGUAUCUCAAAGUACAGGAGCUCUUACGUGCCAGCUGUGUUUGUCGGAUGUGGAACCAAGUGGCCAAUCAUCCCAGAUUGUGGAGAACUGUGCGUAUGAAGAAUUCGCAUGUUAAUGAUUGGACUGGCUUGGUGGAUACGCUACGAAAGAAUGGUACCAAACAUUUAGAUCUGAGAAAGAUGCUGAUCUCCGGAAAUAGUGACGAAAUGUGGCAGAGUUUUAUGGAGAAUAUUUCCCACGUAGAGCAUUUGGAAAGGAUUGAUUUGUGUCGCUGCUCAUCAGUAGUAGUCGGAAAUUUGCUCAAAUCUAACCCAAGCCUUAAGGUUAUCAACGCACUAGCCAUUAAAAAUGAUCCUAUGGAUUUUUCCUAUUUUGAACAUGGAAAGUUUCUCCAAGAGCUGCGGCUUAAAUCAUCUGCAGCCGUAUCGGUAGAAAGUGACUUUUCUCAGCUUGGUUUUUUGACUACCUUACGGCAUCUGUCCUUAACGUCCAUCUUAAAGUUGGGAUCUACUUCAAUUAUUGCUCUCAGCAAUUUAGUAAAUCUAGAAUCACUUGAGCUAGGAGAAUGUACAGAAAUCGGGGUGAAUCUGGCAGAUGUCCUGCCAAAAUUAUUCAAACUACAACGAUUACGAUUGGAAAAAGGUCAGGAGAAUUUUAAUAUGUUUGCUGUACUAGAAGGAAUUGCGAAAGCUCCAAGUUUGACUCAAUUGGAACUGAUCAACUGUGACGUAAAAGUUGGUUUCGACAAGCACAUAAAUAAAUGCAGUAACAUCAGGAAACUGCUAUUGAUUCCAACCUAUAUUUCACAGUCGGCAGCUACAAAUCACAUGGUGCUAAGUGGCGUAGCAAAAUUGAGAGACACAUUAAAAUUAUUCAUAUGGACGGUGACUGUAGAACUGUUACGUGUCACCGAGCUGUACAUCGAUCAAUGUGAUACUAAGAAUCGCGAUGAAAAGAACAGUCCCGGGGAAAGCAUACCAAUCCUAAAGCCAGUCCCUGGAGUGGACGAAGUUCCAACCGCAAACAGUUCUAAUACAUCGGACGCGCCAGCCCAGGUAGAAAUUGUUCCACUGACCACAGUUAAUAAAAUUUUGGAUCGAUCGCUACCAAGGACCAAGUUGAAGAUAUUGAAAAUUCCAUUCGCUAGUACAUGGAAACAAGGUAUGAUUGAAAUAUGCUAGAAUUAUUUUGCCAAUAUUGAAGUUAGAACAAGAAGGUUAUCUUCACUUAAUGCAUAUAAUUUUAAUAUCGACGCGUAGUUAGCACUCAUACGAAUUCUAUGUGUGAGCAUACUUUCAUGUAAGUGUAAGACACAGCUAAGUUAUUUUUAAAAUUUGGUAGGCGUUACCCAAACUGUACAUACAAUAACGCAUCUUGCAUAUAGUGUCGAAAGAAGGUAUCUAAUUUAAGUAUAGAUUUGAUAUAAUACGUAUGGUCACACACACACACGGUCACCGUUGUUCAUUUUACAAUUGCUUAGAUAAAACAACAAACACCAAGAUUAUUUGUUUUACAAUUCAUCUCUUAUUUGAACAUGUUUUUCAGUUAUAAUUAAAGAUAGCGCAGCAAUGAUUUUUCCUGGACGAAUAGUCUUUUUUUAAGAACACUAUAAGUAAAUUGAAAUCAACUAGACGCAAUGGUGUAUAAAUUUUUGCUUAACUCAAACAUUGUUUUAUGUUGUUGCCGUCUUCACUUUUGUAGACGUAAACAUAGUGUAGAAAAUGUAACAAUUAUUCAACUGAGAAUACAUAUGUAAG